GUACAGCAUUUAUAGGCAUUUUUGCCACAUUGACAUUCUGCUAACAAAAUUUAACUCUCACGAAAUUUGAGUGAAACAAGAACUCAAGUUACUGGGACUAUUUAUUACAUUUUGAGAUGUUCAUCCAUUAGAAAUUGGAAACUUUUCCGCUUUCUUCUUUUUUUCUCAAAUUCCAUCUUUUCCAGACUUAUUACUGUAAAUAAACUAUGAAUCUGACUGGUCAAGCUCCAACCAAGUAAACAGAGCAUUAACCACAGACUUGUAGUCUUUGAGGUUUGGUGUCUUGCAAUUUUUGAAUGUGUCCCAUGUCCAGCACACCAUAAUCAAAGGACUGAAUGAUCUCCUCAUAUGCACAAGUUAUACAGACUCCUGUUAAUUACUCAAUAUGUACGUAAUUGAUGCAGGGGUGCAUCUAUUUGUACGAGGUCCUUGUGCAUUUUGAAGGCUUGUGAAAAGUGUCAUUGCUAUCAUUGUUAUUAAUGACAACCAGGUCUAAUGUUUCCUCCACUUUGCAGACUUUGUGUUGCUGCAACAUGUUCAAUCCCAUUAAAGUACUUUGAGGUUGGAGGUAGUGACAUGACAAAAUGCUAAAAAACUCCAAGGGUUAGGAAUACUUUUGAAAACACAGCAAACCUGAUUCACAUGCGUGUAUGGUGUGUGUUUAUCAGUUAAGGUAUGUGCUUUGAUUCUGCUUUUUUAAGAGAUAACCACUGUGACCUGGGUCGCACAAGGAGGUCACGUGACACUGAAUGAUCUUGAAAUUUCCCUGGUAACAUUCCUCAGCCCAUCUGAUCAAAAAAAAUGCACCAAAUAAGAGAUAUCUAGUCACGGGUUUCUACUGCAUCAGCGUGACUGUCUCGGCAAUUCCUGGCGGCAGGUAGACGGCUGCAUCCUCGCGGACGCAUAGAAACAGCGCAGCUGAAACUUUCUAGUAACUCGUGUUGCUCGGAGCACUCGGGGACAAGCUGUACCCAAUGAAUGAGCCACUCCUCUGACGAUGCUGCCGAGCGCUGCCCGGCUCGACACGCCCCCAGCAUGGAUACAGCGAGCUGGAGCAGGCGCUCGGGAGACGCGCUCACUGUGCUGGAGACAGUCUGAAGCCGCAAUGGGAGUUAACGCAUCCAAGUUUCAAGAGUUCCUGCUACCGGUGUCGCUGCACUAAACAAAGACUCCGGUUUCUGCUUUCUCCCUCUCUUUCUCUUUCUCUCUCUCUCUCCCCCUCUCUUUCUGUGAGAGAGAGAGAGAUCUUCUCUGCGUUUUUUUUUGUUUGGUGCGAGGCGUUUCUCGCACAGGAUGUUGAUGAUUUUGGAAAGCCGGGUAAGAUCAUAAAGUCAGUUCUCUCUGAUGAGAACGACCUCCACCUCACCGCCACUACACAAAGGGAAACACGGCGCAAGUACUUUUUUUAAAAAACAGCCUCCUACACGCGGAUUUAUUUCAGAAUUAUUUUUUUCCCGAAUGUCAUUAAGAAGCAGAGGAGGCUGUUUCAAAGACAGAAUGGAUCACUUUGCAGCAGAGUGCCUUGUUUCAAUGUCCAGCCGUGCAGUUGUUCACCCCCCUAAGGGCAACAGGGAGAUUAAACCGGAGAUCCCAACCUCUUCCAGGACAGGGGAAGAAAUAAAGGAGCCCCUGGUGAAGGAGAACUCCUCGAUUUUCGUGGUGGCGAGGAUCCUGGCGGAUUUUAACCAGCAGACACCCAACGGCGUUGCCGAGCAGGCAAAGAUAAAGGAGGAGAGCACGCCGAACCUGAGAGAGGAUGGAAACUCUGCCACACCUACCGCCACCUCCGAUCCUGCGCUCAGACAAAGAGGCAAGAGAUCGAGAGGUCGGACAGAGCAGGAGCCACCUCAGAAAAAGCACAAAUGCAACUAUUCUGGCUGUGAAAAAGUUUAUGGCAAAUCCUCCCACCUCAAAGCUCAUCUAAGGACACACACAGGUGAACGGCCCUUUCCAUGCACCUGGCCCGACUGCAGUAAGAAGUUUGCCCGUUCUGAUGAGCUGGCCCGCCACUACCGCACCCACACGGGAGAGAAGAAGUUUGGCUGUCCACUUUGCGACAAGCGCUUCAUGCGCAGCGACCACCUGAUGAAGCAUGCCAGGCGCCACUCAGAUUUCCAGCCCGGCAUGUUGAAGAAGCCCCACGGUGGCAACGCCACGCGCCCCAGUUCUCUCAGCGACUACAGCCGCUCGGAUGCAUCCAGUCCCACCAUCAGCCCCACCCUCAGUCCAGCCAGCUCGCCUUAAACUGAAACCUGGUCGCACUUUUCAGGCCCACAGAUGUGAGGCCUGCAAUUUCAUCAUAACACUUCUGUUGCACAGUUGUCAGCAACCCGCUACCCCCUCCUUUGCUAUUCCUGCGCUUGCUGUGGUGUACCAUACUGUACAUAAGUGCUUAUUGUAGUGCAAUUACUUGUGUGAUCCUAAAAGAAGAUAAUGCCUUUCCCAGAUGGCGAUAUCUCCAUUCUGUACCACAUGUCUGUAUUUUUUAAGCUUCUGACUAUGGCUAGUUGUUUAUUGUAUAUUCACAGUUUAGAAGAAGGAAAACAAAACAGACACCAUCAUAUGUCUUCUCAAAAUGUUUUGAUUUUAACAGAUUUUUUUAUUGAAUGGGUUAGGAGAAGGGGUUCACACACACACACACCUCAGGAUUGAAGACAGUUGCUUUUUUCUGUAAUACCACAGUACUCAAGAGUACUCACAUUGACUGCACAAUAUACUCAUCACUUUAUUCGAAAAUUCAACAGGGAGUUGAAUUUUGCGCCCUGCUCAGGGAUGGCCUUGUUAGCUUGAAAGAAUGAACAUGGUGAAGAGAAACAUACAGUACAUACUAUACUUCAGCCUUACACUCAACACAAUUUGCACUCUAUGCUUUGUUUGUUGGCUUUCACAUUUGAAGAAACCAGACAUAAAGUUAUGAGGUCAUUUUGCUAAGCUACAGUUUGUGUUCUGUCCUACGUCUAAAGUGGAGGUCAAAUGUAACUCUUCUUUUCUGAGAAAACAAUCAUUGAACCUGCCGUGGAAAACAAAUACAUCAGUGCUAAUACUUUUUGAUAUUACACUGGGUAUAAGAUGUGCACUGCAUUUAAAAGUUCUAGCAGUGCAAAGUGUUUGAAUCUACAUUUUCAGGCGGAUUGGGAUUAUAUUGGGUUAAUAUUUUUUUAUAAAUGUACAUAGAUUUAAAAAAAAAAGAAAAAACAACUGAACCUUUACACACUGAGAACGAAGUUUAAAAGCAGCUGUUGAUGCCUAAAAGUAACAGGGUUCAUGGAAGUUUCAGUAAGUUCAAUGAAAUGCUUUUGAAGACCUUUUUGGUUUACAUUAAAGACCUGCGUGAUUUAUGACGAAUAACUUAAAAACACAUAUACUUAAAAGGUUGUAAUUAGCUUAAUUAUUAGCUUAAGCAAUGUAAACACAGCGUUGGCAACUUUAAUCGGUAUUUCCCAGCUCCUGGAUGUGUGUUGAGUUCCUUUACAUUAAGGCUGCUCAACCUUUCAAUGUAUUUUAGGAGUUAAUGAGGUACAUUAAACUCUUUUAAAGCCAACAAAUAACUCAGUCUCAUGAUCUGUAGUGUAAUCUGUCAAAACAUCUUCUUAAGGGAGAUUUUUUCAACUUCUUAAUUAAAUAAAAAGUUGAAUCUAAAAGACUUCUGUAUAGAAAAUCAACAUAAUUAAUACCCUACUUAACAUUUAGGGCACAAAAGUCGAAAAAUAAAUAAACUUCCAAGAAUUAAGUCUACUAUGAAUGAAACAUAAUCUUAGUCGACAUUGAAUGCAAGGAUUAUUUGACUAAAUGGCAUCUAAGAGAGUUCUAAGCAAAACCUAUAACUUCAGUUAGGGUCACUUUUGUAUGAGCAAAAUGUUACACAAGUUAGGAAAACAGUUAGAAGACAAUGAUUAAUAAAAACCAGCUAAUACUUUUGAAGAGAAAAAGAGGAACUUAACUACAGAUUAAAAUUGUCAAAACCAUAAAAUCUAUACAAAUGAGCAGGAGAACGAAUAGUCACUGGAGGUGAAAGGUCAAAAUCAGGAGGUCUGUGGACUUUCCUGCAGUAUAUUGUAAGCUUCAGAGAAAUUACUGAUGACGGGUUUUAGCCAAACUAAAAUCCUUGUUUUCACACCAAACCUCUUUGAAUAAAUGCUUUCCUAUGACGAAGGAGCUAGUUGUGGAUAACAACAAGAAUUCUUAGAUUUUGAUUAUCUAAACAUUCAAUUUUAAGGCCAAAUAAUGCUUUAUGGGGUUUGUAGUUUUAUCACUGCAUGAAAACAAUAACAUUCCUUAGCCACAGCUACAAAUCACCAACGUAACAUUGCCAGUGCGUUUUUAAAAAAAUAUAUAUAUAUAUACGUAUAUUACAACACAGAAAGGUUAAUCAAAGAAGCAAUGAAUGAAUGAAUGAGGUAAGCCAUAGCUAAAUGUAUUUUAGGAUUGAAUCUGAAAAAAAAUCAGGGAAGAUUUAAGACACAUGAGGCCUAAACUUGAGAUAGCUGAAAGUAGGACUUUUGAAAACCUUGCAAAAUCCCUGAUUACUCUCUGAUCAGCACACAUUUAACUUAAAAUGGAGACAAAACAACUUCAGUAGCAGCAAGAUAUUUCCACCUCAUCAAGCACAUAGGAGAAUGUACCAAAGAAGCGCUUCUUAUUCAGUGCUGUAGGGAAUAUUGAAGGUAGAGUCACACACUCAGUCACUUCCUCCUGGCUCAAGUUCCUUGGAGGAAACAGCUGCACCCAAAAGAAGACAUUCCCACCCUGCUGGAGGUAGUGCUAGCAAGUCGUUCACCCAGCAAGGCUUUUCUCAUCUGGCUCUACCUGUUCUUUCAGCGAGCCUGCUGAAUUACAUUAGUAUUGCCUAAUUAGGAGGUCAGACGUUGGCUAGCGCAAUUGUCUGAUCUGAGCUGAGGGAACAAAGCAGAUAUCAGCAACAAACAGGCAAGAGAGGGCAGGUCCUGAUAAAAGAGGAGAGGUUUUAUCACAAGCCGAACAGCACAAAGGAGGAGACACACAGAAGCAGACACCCCCCAUUUCCUCCUCCCUCCAACUGUAGAAACAGCCAGCAGAAAAAAUAGCUGUAAUUGGUAGCUUGAUCUGAACUGCAGGAUAAGAGGAAAUGUGUACGAACAAGAGCUGUUUGUAGACAGCACUAGCAGCGUGGGUGGGAAGUGCCUGACUCCAUCCAAAGCACAAACAGAAUUCCUUCUCAUACAAGCCGGAGAAUCAGAUUUCACAAUGCAGAGGAAACCGUCACUCUGGGCUUGCACUGAUAAACCUGAGCUUCCAAACAGCUGCUUUCAAACUUCCUGUCUCUUUACAAGUUGGGGGAUUUGGUGACUUUCAAAGAGUUGCAAAAACAUCGAAACCAACAUCAACAUAUCAGCAAAUUGCAGCGCUCACCAGACUAAUGUCAACCCAGCAUUUGAAGCUCAAAUGUCACUAUGAGAAAGCUGACAGACAUGCCUCAGUAAGUCAAGCAAAAGUGGAAUAAAGCACCACUAUCAAAACUGCUGCACCCCUGCCGGUAUAUAUGUUAUUCCCGCACUUUUUAAGUGCUUCACUGCUGCAGUUGGAUCCACAUCCAUGCAGUUGAGACUCCUUCAGACUUACUGCCAUCAGAGCUAACUCGAGCGUUAUCUUGCGUUCGACGCUGCAUGCAUGUUAACUUUGCCCUGAAAGCGAGGAGUAUUUCCUUUUUUUCCUUUGAGUCAGUCUGGCAGGUGUAAGUUCAUGAAUGUCAGGCCUUGUCCUUUUUCCUCAACUGCAGCCAUCUUCUUUUGAAGUCAAAAUGAAUCCCCCUCUCAUUCUCCCUUAUUUAGCUUGAAAAGCAAUGAAUUUAUCUCAAAACAUAAUCCUUUGUAUGAUAUUAAAAUAGUUUGCAGGCUGCAAGAUGACACUUUGAAUGCCACUGAUCUGCAGCUCUCAAAGACAGAGGGGAGAGUUCACCAUUUUUUCUUGAAGCAACAACUGCUGUUGAUCAGCUUACCUUCUGUAUAUUCCUGUUUUGGUUAUAAUUUUUCGACCUGGUUUAAAGCGUUCACUUGCAAAAGAAAAAGAAAAAAGGAGAAAAAAAUUACGCAUUAAUCAGUUUUUAAUCUAUAAUCUGCACAUUUUCCUCAGGGUCAACAUCUGCCAAGCAGAUAUGGGACAGUUUGUGGAUUUUGUUGUAAAACCAGUCGCCGCACGCAUCAGGCUGCCUGUGGCUGCCCAUUGGUGGUCCUCAGUGCCCAGUGUUCACUGCUGGUCAGUGUGUGACCAUGCUGGUAACACAGGACUACCUCAGUGCAGCCCUUUUUGCCUAUUACAUGUCUUGAUAACAUUGCACAGUCCUGCUAUCGAUCCACUCUGAAGCUGUUUUAACUUAUACAACCAUUUGAACAGAAAAAACCUGUACCUUCAGCCAGACUGCAAAAGUGACAUGUAGGCAUCCACAGACAGAGCGUCUCAAAAACCUUUACUCUCACUGUAACUAAUGUACUUGAAUAAUUCCAACACGCAAGGCCAUUGAACACAAUUUUGUACAUGUCCGAUUUUACUGUUCUUUGCUUUUGCUGUCCGAGCCUUUGAGAGAAAAAGGCAUGUAAUCGCCUGAGUUGGGUUUUUUUUCUUAUUAAUUUCCGAUUUUUUGUCAGUUCAUUUCAGUAACUGUUUUAGAGUUCAUCGCAGCUCGAGGUUUGAGCUUGUUUAUGUAUAAAUUAAAAUUUUGUGCGCUAUUAACAGGGUUUUUUUCCCCCUGAGUACUCUGUUGAUGUCAGGGAUGCGGGUAAAUCCUGUUAUCUGCAAUUCCAAAAAGUUCCUUUAAUUCAUGAAAUGAAAAAAAAAAAACAAAAAAAAACUAAAGAAACUUUGGGGUGGAUGGGGAUUUUCGUUUUGUUUUUACCUCUGUGUAAGUCAGUUUCAGAAUCAGUGAUUGAUUUCUUUUUAUUGCUUUAGAUUAUUUGAAAUGUUUUCCAUAUUAUUAGAGACCACAGAAUUGUGAGUUAGCAAUGUAGUCAUUAUUUGUAUUAUUAUUAUUAUUGUUAUUAUUAUUAUUAUUAUUAUUAUUGUUGUUGUGUGAGGUUAUGUUUUUUUUUGCAGAAUUAUACCUCUUGAGAUAAUUGAAUUUUCAUUUACCUUCAUAUCUUUUCAGAGCAUCCAUCAUGUAGCUUAUGUUUGCUUAAUGAGUAGCAAAAAAAAAAUGUUGGUUUCAUUUAUUCCUACUUGAAUGAAGAAGUAGACAAAGAGAGUUUGUUUUUAUUCCUGUAAAAAACUAAAACAGAAACACUGGGCUGCAUUUUACAUAACCGUUCCAUAUUGCCAGAUCCUGCAUGUAACUCAAAGUACUAGGAAAAGAAACAUCUUUCCUGGACAAUAUUUGUAUAUUUUUUAUUACUUUAUGCUAAGAAGCUGUUUGAGUAUCAAAGUGAUCCUAAGCAUUUACAUUCUUUUGACUUCAGAUCUAUAUUUCUGCUGAAGAUCACAUAAUUCUACAUGCAAGGAUUCUAAAAUACUGACAAUACAUGUACAAAUUCAAGCAGCAAGCUAACAAUUUAAAGUUCACAAUAUAUAUUUAAUUAAAGACAUCAGUGUGUUACUGAUCAAACAUCGUCAGCAGAAGUACAAGCAUGAUCCACGCAAUCGUGUGCCAAAACUACAGCUGUAACUUCUUAAAGAGGAUACAAAUGUCGAGCGUAAAUAAUCUAGCUUUUAUCAGACGUUAUAAAAAAUAGUACUCUUGUAUAGUUUUAUAUAGAGUUUGACCUGUCAAAUGUUAUGUACAGGAUUUGAUCAAGCAGUUCUGCUCUAAGUUAAAUGUUUCUGUUCUUUAUGCUUUAUGUGAGCAUUUUGCUUUGUGUAACUUUGUUGUUAUUGUUAUUAAUUUUGCUCCUUUUUGUUGUUGUUUCUGUUCAAUGCUGAAGCAGUGUGUAUUGCUUACUGCAGCUGUUUUUAACAUCUUAACAACUUUGAUGAUAGUCGCUUGUCCAUUCCAAAGGAUUUAAGAUUGCAUUUGCUCUGAAAGUGCUGCUUCCCUUGACCUGAUAUUUUUUUUCUUUUUUUGUGGGUUUCUGAAUACAAGUGUGUCCUGACAGUCUACAAGGUACUUUUUCUAAUGCCCCACAUGCAUUAGACUAUGUUUAACCCAAUUUGAAUGAAUAUCUACAAAAUGUAAAAGUUACAGAGCAUGUCUUCCCACACGACAAAGACCUAAAGCUUUUGCUUUUCACAGUCGGGGUUUUCAUUUUAUUUGUAUUUUUUUUAAGAGGCAGCCAUAUAGAGUUAUAGAAGGGUUGUUGAUCUUUGUUACCAAAGGCUCUGAAAGGAAAAGAAUGAAUGUUGGAGUAGUUUUGAAUCCAGCUCUGUUUGUACCAAUGGAGUUCAAAUUCAAUGUGUUGUACUAGUUGAUAGAUGGAUGUCAUGCUUGACAUGGACCUUUUUCUACAUCUCAAGUAGGCAACUUUUCUUUACAAAGUAAUUUGGAUGAACUAAUGUCAUUCAGUCACCCAAGCCAACGUACUCAGAUUGAGUCUAAAAUGAACAAGGCAAAAAACAACAACAACAACAAACAAACAAAAAAAAACAAACAAGCAGAUCCAAACUGUUGGUACUUUUAGUUUGAACUUGUCUGCUUGAAGAGAUGCUGUGCAGCAUCUGUUCCUCACUGCAGAGAAAGUCUGUUGAAUAAUGUUUGUCCUUUAAGGAUUAGCUCGUUUCAGGUUAUGCAGCAUACAGUGGUGUCAAUGACCUCUUUGACAAACAGAGAGCCUCUCACCAGCCUUUUCGGUUCUGUUUCCUGUACCUGUUUGUCUUCAGUGUACCUCCUCCGUGUAAUGUUGCUCUCUUGAUACCUCUGUGUGUUUUUUCCUCUGCAUCCUCACCAUCAGUUGCCUGUUGUAGUGACUUCAUGGUGCUGCUUCCCCCUCUUAUAGCACCAUUAUAAUCUGUUCUGUAAAUAACUCUCAGCUCAGCUAUGGCCAGUACAUUCCUCUCAAUGACCUCACUUAAAACCUUCAGGUGACUCUGUUAUUCUAUUUUUAUUAUGUUUUUUUUUCCUCAGCAAACCAAAAUCACUACAUUCAAGUAUUACAGCUGUACAGUUCAAUGAAUUCAACACACAUGUAAUGUGCUGGUCUUAGCUGCUCUAUUGUAUCUUUUUAUGGCAUUAUUUUUUACAUGUUAGACAAUAUAUUGUGACCAUGUCCUAUGCAAAUAUGAGAAAUAACAGAUUGUUGAAUAAUGUAUGUUGUCAUAACUUGUAUGCAUGAAAUAGUGAGUUUACAUUUGGAAAUAAAUUCAUAAAAAA